AUGAGACAAUAUCGAAUUGUUCCCAACGAUUAUUUAUAUAGUCUAUUUCAAGCUCAAACAUACAAAAAUGUAACUGAUUUAUUAUCACUUAGAAUCCCCAAAAACAUGUUAUUAUCUUGUCUCGUACUCGAUGAAGAACUAAUGAAGUUUCAAGGAAAACGAGUAUUUGAUCCAGCAGAUGAACUUCAUUUAAUUUCAACAUCAAAAGGUGUCACAAUAGGAUUAGAUAGACGAGUAUUUGAAUCAUGCGAUAAACUAUUUUGUGGUAAAGUACAAAAUGAACGUUCAAAAAAAUAA